AUGAGCAUCCAGUCCCCACCCAUGCUGCUGGAGCUGGCAGGGUGCAGCCUGCUGAGCAACAAGUGCAGGGCCAUCCUGGAUCUGGAGGACCUGCCCAUAGAGCUCAUCCUACCACUCUUUGUGGAGGCCUUCAGCAGGGGACACACUCUGGUCCUGAAGAAAAUGGUGCAGAGAUGGCCCUUCACCUGCCUGCCCCUGGGGGCCCUGAUGAGGAAGCCACAACUGGAGAUGCUCCGAGUGGCACUAGAUGGGCUGGACAUGCUGCUUGCCCAGCAGGAUAGCCAGAGGAGGUGGAAACUUCAGGUCCUGGAUUUGAGGAGGGUUCCACGGAACUUCUGGAGGACAUGGUCUGGAGCCACGGUCGAUGCCUGCUCACCAGAGGACAUUAAGAAGAAUCGAACAUUGAAACUUGGUCCAGCAAUGGCAGCUAAGAUGCCCUUGAAGAUAUUCAUAGACUUGUGCCUCACAGAAGGGCCCCUGGAUGAAUUCCUGACUCUCUUGUUCCUAUGGGUCACACAGAGAAGGGACAGGCUGCACCUGUGUUGCAAUAGGCUGAAGAUCCUUGCAAAACCCACCAGCCACACCAGGAACGUCCUGAGACUGUUGCAGCUGGACUCUGUCCAGAAAUUGGAAGUCCACAUGCCUGCCCACACCUAUUCACAGGAGAAGGAGUGGCUGCUAUCCCAGCUCACCUGGAAGUUCCUCAGGAUGGACUACCUGUGGAAGUUCUGUGUGGAUGCUGUCCUCUUCCUCAAGGGCCACCUGGAGCAUGUGCUGAGGCACCUGAAGACCCCCCUGGAGGCCCUCUCAAUAACCAACUGCCUGCUCUCAGAUUCUGACUGGAAUUAUCUCUCCCAAUGCCCAAACACCAGCCAGCUAAGACACCUGGAUCUGAGAUACAUCAAACUCACCAAUUUCAGUCCGGUGCCCCUCCAAAUUCUUCUGGAGACAGUUGCAGCCACCCUGAACAGGUUGGACUUGGAAGCCUGUGAGAUCAUGGACUCCCAGCUCCAAGCCAUCCUGCCUGCCCUGAGCCACUGCUCUAAGCUCAGGACCUUGUGUUUUUUCCGGAAUCACAUCUCCAUGUCGGUCCUCAGGGACCUGCUCUGUCACACUGCCGGGCUGAGCCAGUUGAGCAGAGAGCUAUACCCUGCUCCUCUGGAGAGCUAUGAUGCCCAGGGCCUGGAUGAAAUCCAGUGCUCGCUGUCCCUGGAGAACUGCAGGGUGCCGCUGCGGCAGCUGUGGGAGGCCAGCUUCAGCGAGUGCAAGUUCAGCCUGUCGCUCACUGACCUGUUCAUUAUCAUCUUCUCAGGCGUGGCGGUCUCCAUCGCGGCCAUCAUCUCCAGCUUCUUCCUGGUCACCGUCGUGCAGUGCUUCCAGAGAUGCGCCCCCAACAAGGACGCGGAGGACGAGGACGAGGACGAGGACGACUGA